UCUCCGAUUCUUCUGGAACUCUUGUCUUAUUCUUCUGAGGAGCACCUGAAGGCAGCAGCGCUAUCAGUUGUUUAUUAGCAUUCCAAAAUGACGGAUCCUACAACGUCUUCAGAGGACCAAUGGAAAACAGACGGGGCUUUCAGCGACAAUGGCUUUGACACCAGUUUCUUUGCCGACACUGCCAAGAAAGGUAGCAUUGUGUCCAGAGCAAACAGCAUCGGCUCUACAAGUGCCUCUUCGGUACCGAACACAGACGAUGAAGACAGUGACUACAGGCACGAGACGUCGUAUAAGGACUCGUACAAAGACCGACGGAGACAAGCGCACACCCAGGCUGAGCAGAAGCGCAGAGAUGCAAUCAAGAAAGGCUACGACGACCUGCAGGAAGUUGUUCCAACCUGCCAACAGCAGUCUGAGUUUGCCGUCGGAGCGCAGAAGAUGAGCAAGGCUACUAUUCUUCAGAAAGCAAUUGACUACAUCCAUUUUCUUCAUAAAGAAAAGAAGAAGCAAGAAGAGGAAGUUUCUGUCCUAAGGAAAGAAGUGAUGGCUCUGAAGAUCAUGAAAACGAACUAUGAGCACAUCGUGAAGGCCCACCAGAACAACCCACAGCAGGGGGAGGAUCAGGUGUCGGACCAGGUCAAGUUCAACAUCUUUCAGAACAUCAUGGACUCGCUCUUUGUGUCCUUUAGUAAUUCGGUUUCAAUGAGCAGCUUCCAAGAGCUGUCGGCGUGCGUUUUUAGCUGGAUUGAGGAGCACUGCAAGCCACAGACGCUGCGGGAGUUUGUUGUGGGAGUGCUCCGGCAGCUCAACGGUCAGCUUUAUUAGUUGCGGGGGAGCCUCUGGCUAACUUCCAGAAAUGGACUUUUUUAACGUGCUCUAGCCUCGCAGGAUGAAAUCAAAAACUUCAGUCCUCGCCAACAGUCCUUACGCUCACUUCAGCUCGUCAGAUUCCCAUUUAGAUGACCUCGCCGAACACCAGCGGGAGAGGCCAAAUGCUGCCUUGGAUCGAGCAGCUGAACGCUGCAGAUGGAUCCCCCCCCCCCCCCUUCCAAACCUCAGGACCGCUGGAGAAUUUGCGUCUGUAUUUUACGCUCCGAAACGAGCGUUCUUCUGAAGGAACGCAGGGGGAAGCGAGAUUUUAAGACGAAUUGAAGCAUGCAGAGAACGUGUAGCUCCAAUCACUUUGUUCAGUAAUGAUUUUAUUUUUCUUUCAUUUCAAGCAGUUCAAAUGUCAAUGAAACAAACAGGAAAAAAAGAAAAUAUUAAAUAAAUGUUUUGAACUAAAUGAUAAAAAAACAAAAAAAAGGGUGUUUUUAAAAGGGUGGCUCAUCCAGUCCUUACCAUUUCCUCAUCUAAAUGGUAAAAAAAAAAAA